AUGCACACUGCCUCUCGACACGCAUGCGCAGUGCUGCGGGAGGUGCGGGUGCCGUGAGGGGGCUGACAGCAGCUCAUGCCAUACUGGCCACCCAUUGGGUCAAACAUGCUAAGAGCCAAGGAUGCUCUUCUGUGCCUGCAGUCCUGCCGUUGCUUCUGCCCAACACAGCUUCCAGCCUGCAGGCUCACAUGGCGCUCACUGCACCGUCAGCCACUGCACCCUGAAUGGGCUGCCCUUGCUGAAAAGCAGCUGAAAGGCAAGAAUCCAAAGGAUUUAAUUUGGCAUACCCCAGAGGGGAUCGACAUCAAGCCCUUGUACUCCAAAAGGGACACAGAAGAGCUUCCUGAGGAGCUGCCAGGGGUGAAACCUUUCACUCGAGGACCCUACCCAACCAUGUACACAUACAGGCCGUGGACCAUCCGCCAGUAUGCUGGCUUCAGCACUGUGGAGGAGAGCAACAGGUUCUACAAGGACAACAUUAAAGCUGGCCAACAGGGAUUGUCUGUUGCUUUUGAUUUAGCCACCCAUCGUGGCUAUGAUUCAGAUAACCCACGAGUUCGAGGCGAUGUUGGAAUGGCUGGAGUUGCCAUCGAUACGGUAGAAGACACCAAAAUCCUUUUUGAUGGAAUUCCUUUAGAGAAAAUGUCAGUUUCUAUGACAAUGAAUGGGGCAGUCAUCCCUGUGCUGGCAACAUUCAUUGUAACUGGGGAAGAACAGGGAGUGCCUCAGGCCAAGCUGACAGGGACAAUCCAGAACGACAUACUGAAGGAGUUCAUGGUCCGAAACACGUACAUCUUCCCUCCAGAGCCAUCAAUGAGGAUUAUUGCUGACAUCUUCCAGUACACCUCAAAGUAUAUGCCAAAAUUUAAUUCCAUCUCAAUCAGUGGAUACCAUAUGCAAGAGGCAGGAGCUGAUACCAUUCUGGAAUUGGCUUAUACUAUAGCAGAUGGCUUGGAAUACUGCAGAACUGGACUGAAAGCCGGCCUUACCAUUGAUGAAUUUGCACCAAGGCUCUCCUUCUUCUGGGGAAUUGGCAUGAACUUCUAUAUGGAAAUAGCUAAGCUUCGAGCAGGGAGGAAGCUAUGGGCUCACUUGAUAGAGAAAAAGUUCAAUUCCAAGAAUCCCAAAUCUCUGCUGCUUAGAGCUCACUGUCAGACUUCAGGCUGGUCACUCACUGAGCAGGAUCCCUUUAACAAUGUUAUUCGCACUACGAUUGAAGCAAUGGCUGCAGUGUUUGGAGGCACCCAGUCACUGCAUACAAAUUCAUUUGAUGAAGCUUUGGGUUUGCCUACAGUGAAGAGUGCUCGCAUUGCUCGCAAUACACAGAUCAUAAUACAGGAGGAGUCAGGGAUUCCAAAAGUGGCAGACCCCUGGGGGGGAUCCUUCCUGAUGGAGUGCCUCACCAAUGAUGUCUAUGAGGCUGCUUUGAAGCUCAUUGAGGAGAUUGAAGAAAUGGGUGGAAUGGCCAAAGCUGUCGCUGAGGGAAUUCCCAAACUUCGUAUUGAAGAGUGUGCAGCCCGAAGGCAAGCCAGGAUUGACUCUGGUUCUGAAGUAAUUGUUGGAGUAAACAAAUAUCAGCUAGAAAAAGAGGAGGCAGUUGAAGUUCUGGCUAUUGAUAAUUCUUCAGUCCGUAACAAGCAGAUUGAGAAGAUUAAUAAGGUGAAGGCCAGCAGAGACCCCGCAGCAGCUCAGCGAUGCCUUGAUGCUCUAACACAGUGUGCAGCCACAGGUGAAGGCAAUAUCCUGGCUCUUGCAGUGGAAGCAGCACGUUCAAGGUGCACCGUUGGAGAAAUAACAGAUGCAAUGAAGAAGGUGUUUGGGGAGCACAAAGCCAGUGACCGAAUGGUGAGCGGAGCUUACCGACAGGAGUUUGGGGAGAGCGAUGAAAUCCUUCAUGCUAUCAACAGGGAGAAAACAUCAGAAGAUGGCAAUAUGUGUGAAAGCAGUGAGUAUUUGUGCCUUUUGGCAGCUUCUGCCUUUGCUGCUGUUCUCCUGAGUGAAGAGGCUGAAUUGUUACAGUGGGCAGUGAUGUAAUAUGGGCUGAUGUGUCCCUACUCUGUUGGGUCUUAUACAUUAAAGAGUUAUGGGAUCUCUUGAAAGGGAAUUUUCAGAUGGCUUCACAGUACUGAUGUUUAGCCUGAUUGAAAGGUCAUUGUGCUGGCAGAUUACACAGUCUUCUCUUAUUUCAAAUGUUUCUUUUGAAUGUAAGUAUUUAUCAUUAAGCCUUUACGUGAAGCUGAACCUAUUCCUUGAGAAUCAAGAAGUAGUUUCUUUUUUGCAUCUGCCAUUAUGUCAAAGUUCAUGUGUACAUGGUGUUGAAAGUAACUUUGCUACAAGCCACUUUUGCACAGGCCUUCAAAAGUGAAAUUUCACACCUGCCCCUCUCUUAACUCAGGUCUUGGGGUGUACUGCCUUAGGUAGUCUUGGAGCACCAAAAAACUGUUUCUGUUAGGAUUGAGCUUGUGGGUAGUAAGAAAAGAAAAAUAUGGAAUAGAAAACAGAACAGAGAGAAGAAUUGUAAGACUUCACAAAUUAAUGCAGAUACUUACUGGUUGGAACUUAGGAACACAGAAGGCAGGCCCAACUCCUCCAGAUCCUCAAGUAGAAGAUUGGUUAGUCUUCUUCUUCUCUCAGCUCCUGUGAUAGAAUUCACUUCUAAACUGUGCGAGUGCUUUAUUUACUGCUCUCACAUGAUGCAUUUUCUGCUCCUGGCACAAUCUACUGAGGUUGUUUAAUUCUGUGCUGAUAAAUGCUUUGUCUUGAGUCAUUCUUUUCCCCAAACUAAACCCGUGGAUCCUACAGUGACUAACCCAGUCAAGUCAGCAUUUGGUUUCGAGAUGCACCAAGUCCAUACAGCUCCAUCAUUUAAAAGAGUACUGAGAACAAUAUAAGCAGUAUUAAAAAACUCCUUUUAGCAAUGUUUCUGAGAAACAGUUGUCUUUGCUUCCUGCUCCAGGAUAGAUACUGGCAGUACAUGGAUAAUGAGAGGUAAGGUGACAGAUGAAUCUCGGAGGCUGUGGUUGCACAGUCACUUGUAAUUCAACAGACAGCUGAACUGUCACUAAGCAGAAGGGAGGCACUGGACACACACAGAAUGGAAGCUGUACUAAUCUUUUUCUGUGCUCCUGCAUAGUGAUGUACUACUGCACAGCACUUCUUGUGCCAUGCUUCAACCUUUUUAAUUAAAUGCUCAUAAUUAUUCUUAAAAUCUAAGAGUUGUGUUUAAGUUGGUGGUUGGUUAUUCAGCUCAUUAAACCCUCAUAGAAAGCAGUAUUUUUACCAUUGCAAAGCAGAAAAGUAGUGGUUUUUUUCAAAAAAGAAUAUUUUAUUGUUCCAAAUAGUAAAUACAAGGAAUGGAUUAGUAAUCACAUAACAAUAACUGUGCCAACUACAUAAGCGAAUGAUGACUUGGAAGAUCCUUUUAUUUGAUGUACAGAAAUUAUGCUGCAGUUGCAGCUAGUGCUUUUAUUUCAGAUCUGUGGAAAUGCUUCUGGUGAAUCUCAGUGACUGACAG